AUGCCUUCAACCAAGAAGAUGGCUUCUGUCCGCUCUCGUGGUCGUGCUGCUCGCUCAAGGCCUUCUUCCGUGUCAAGUGCCGGCUCCAUUCGUUCUCGUUCGGGUCGUUCGCGCACUCCAGCUGCUGAAAGAUCUUCGAUCUUCAACUACCUUGCCGGCCCUCAUCAUCAAGCCCUUCGCGAAGCCUUGCGAGCUCGCCGUAUUGAUGAGAAGAAACGUCAACGUCGCGUGGACAUGAAAUCGCUUCCUUCUGAUGCGGUCAACCAAGUGCCCUCAAGCCCUUCGGGAUCUCAGGAUUCUGAAAGCUUCUCCGAUCUUUCUGAAUCCUCCCCUUCCUCUGCCGGUGGUCAAAGCUCUCGUUCGGCUUCAGUGGUGACGGCUACCCGUUCCAAUGUCAAGCGCGCAUCUCGUUCUCGCUCUCGUUCGCGUUCAACUCGUGGUCGCUCCGCAUCGGGCCGCUCCCGUUCCAACAAGAAGCGUGUGGCAAAGCGCGGACGCUCGGCCUCUGGUCAACGAGCAGGUCGUGCCUUGAAGAGCGCUGGUUCCGGUCGUGGACGCUCCAGAUCGGCCUCAACUCGCCGUGCCGCUCGUGUUGUGAAGGGUUCCCGUUCCCGUUCUCGCAAGGACGACAAAGCCAAGUCACCUAAAUCCGCACCAAAGUCUGAGAAGAAGCGCCGCUUGACCGCUGACAAGGAA